AUGACUGGCCGCCUUGGUGCUUCUGGAUUGCAAGAGACCAUGAAGAAGCUGGCCACUGGAAAGAUCCAUCAGUCUGUGAGGUCCUUCAAAAUGGCUGGUGUGUUCCAGAGCCAAGAGGUAGCACCUUGUGAUCCAAAGCUAGUCAGAGAGGCAAAGGAGCCUGUAACUCUGACUCCCUCUGCCUUCCUGAAGGAGAUGUCUCUUACCACAGAGCAGAGGCUGCCCAGCACUCGGCAGAUGAGGCAGCCCCAGAUUAUCCAGCUUCUAGGCAUGAGUGAAACCUCCCAUCACAAGUUCUCAGCAGUUGACCUGGAGCAGAGCCUGUGUCAGCCUUUCCCAGCAGAGGUGGUGUUUCAGAACUACAUCCCCCAUGAGGUCUACGAAGCGCCGCUGAUUCUGAGGAACACGGACAAGGUUCUUCACCUGGUGAAGGUUGUCUUGGAGAGCUCACCUUACUUCAGGUUGAUCAGCCCCAGUGCUGUGUGCCGUAAGGUCGCACCCGGCAUGGCUUCAACUUGCCGCAUCGUUUUCACCCCUAAGGAGAACAAGGAUUAUUUCCACCAGCUCAUCUGUGUCACAGAAAGGGAAAAGUUCACUGUGCCCAUCCGAGCUGUAGGUGCCCGUGCUCUCCUGGAUUUCCCUGCCCAGCUCAGCUUCUCUGUCUGUCCAGUCAAGUGCAGCACCCAGAAAACGCUGCUGGUUCGCAACCUGGGGAACCGGGAGGCCCGCUACAGCAUCAGCACUCAGAGCCCUUUCUCUGUUGAUCCUUCCCUUGGGACUCUUGGGAUUGGUGACAUCACACAAGUAACAGUGGAGUUUCACCCACGGAAGACUGGGGACCAUUCCAGAUCUCUGACAGUUCACUAUGACACAGGUGAAGAUGUUCAUACAAGCCUUUAUGGAGCAGCUGUAGAUGUCAACAUUGGACUAGAGAGGAGCUCCCUGACAUUUGACAAGACUUACCUCACACUGUCAAACCACAGAUCUGUGGUCAUCCACAACAGGAGUGAAGUCACAGCCUACUUCCAGUGGAAGGCUUUUGCCACCCAGGAAGAGGAGGAUGAGCAGAAGCUGAGGCUCUGUCACAGGCUGCAGAGGAAGGAAAAGGAUGAGACUGAUCAUCUUCUGCAGGAGUCCAUGGGGGAGCCCUCGCUCCGAGACCGCCUCGCCCUUCUCUCCUGGGCCUUCCAGAAGCAGAGGGCAGAGGUGCAAGAAGACUCCAUGCUUUUCUCUCAUGAUAUUUUCACCAUUGAGCCAGUGGAGGGAGAGAUCCAGCCAAAGUCUUCACUUGAAAUCAAUGUGAUCUUUAAACCACGAGAAGCCAGAGUCUAUCAACAAACCAUCUACUGUGACAUCUCAGGCCGUGAGACCAGGCUGCCCCUGCGCCUCAAAGGGGAAGGCAAAGGGCCCCGUCUGCACCUCAGCUUCGAGCAGCUGGACAUUGGGAAGGCUUUUGUUGGCUCAGCCCACAGCUAUGAGCUGAUCCUCUUCAACAAAGGAGCCAUCAAUGCUGCCUUCAGCUUGGUCCCUCCAGCCACAGCUCUGGGCUCCUGCUUCACCUUUCUGCCCUGGGAAGGUCUCAUUUUGCCAGAUGGGCUCCAAGUCAUCCAGAUCUCCUUCAGUUCCACCAUCCUGGGACACUUCACAGAAGAGUUCAGGUUCAGUGUGGCUGGCUCCCCUGAGCCUGUGACCUUGACUAUCAGGGGCUGUGUCAUCGGACCCACGUUUCACUUCGAUGUACCUUCCCUGCACUUUGGUGAAGUCUCCUUUGGCUUUCCUCACACCCUGUCCCGUGUCCUCACCAACACCUCCUUGGUGCCAAUGACCUUCAGCCUCCACAUUCCUGAGGAUGGUUCAGGAGAGCCCAGCACUUCCAGUUUUGUUCAGAUCUCAGACAACACUCACCCCUCCUGGAGAAAGGGAGCCCAAAGCCAGGUCAAACCAACUGAAUUCACCAUAAGGCCUUGCAGAGGGACCGUCCGGCCCCAGGGAGCCCUGGACAUCCAGGUCACCCUGUGCUCCAACACGGUGAGGACGUACAGGCUGGCACUGCUGAUGGAUGUGGAUGGGGUUGGAGAGGAGGUGUUGGUGUUGCCCAUCACUGCCAGCUGUGUUGUUCCUCCACUGCGAGUGCUCAGCCCCAUCCUGAGGUUUGGAUGCUGCUUCCUGAGACACCCACACCAGCAGACACUGACCCUGGUGAAUGACAGUGACCUUCCAGGCUGCUAUGGGCUUCUUCCUCAGGAGCAGAGGGAGGGUGCUGCUGUGUGGUUCUCCAGCCCUGAGCCGUGUGGGAUUGUCCAGGCUCGCAGCUCGGUGCAGGUGCCCAUUACUCUGGAAGCCCAGGUGAUGGGAGAGCAGGAAACUCUUGCUCAUGUCUCCGUGUUUGGGAGGGAAGGAUCCCCUCUGCAAAUCCAUUUGGUGAGCAUUGCAGAAGGACCAGUUGUGCACGUGCAUCCAAGUAAGAUACACUUCGGCAGCAUCCGAGUUCUCCAGGAUGCUUCCCGAACUCUCCACCUCUCCAAUCAGAGCCUCAUCCCUGCAUCUUUCUGGGCAGAGAUGGCUGGCAAACGCUCAUGCUGGAGGAUUGAACCAAGCCAAGGAGUGAUCCCCCCUGAGACUGAGGUGUCUGUGGCUGUCAUAGCAAACCUGGAUGACACUGAGAAGUUCAAGGACGAGGUGAAGCUGUUCAUAGAGAACAGGGGAUCCUACAGCAUCCCUGUCCAGGCUGUUGGCGUCGGCACCACCAUUGUCACCGACAGACCCUUUGCUCCAGAGCUCAACUUGGGACCCCACUUCAGCCUGCAUCUCUGCUGCUACCACUUCAAGAUAACAAACAAAGGACGACGCAGCCAUCGGCUCUGUUGGACCACAGAAGGUUUUGCCUCAUUUCACAACCAUGAUCCUCUCCCACCCAUCACUAACACCAGGGGCAAAGAUUCCUCUCAGGGCUCCAAACCUGCCUGCCCUGUGUUUAAGCUUCAGCCCCUGAGGACGGAGCUGCUGCCAGGCCAGACUGUGGAGAUGACACUGGAAGGCUCCUCCAGCACUCCCCAGGUGGUGAAGGAGAGGCUGCUGUGUCACGCCGUGGUGGGGAGCAAGGCAGGGAAGGCACAGAUCAUGCAAGUGGAUGUCACCUGUGAGUUUAUUGCUCCCACCCUGCAAAUAUCCUCCAGGGAAAUCACGUUCAGGGUGGAGAAGCCACCCAGUGAUGCCCUAAUUCUUCAGUAUGAGCCUCUUGCUUUAAGAAACAUCUCCUCCCUGCCAGUCAGCAUCAUCCUGGCCUUGGAGCAGCCGUUCUUCAUCUGUGGUGCAGACCAACAGCCCCUCGCUGCUGAUGUUCAGCCUAUGAAGCUGGAGGUAGGGGAGGAGCUUCAUCUCUCCAUUGCAUUUAACCCUGCUUCUGAAGAGGAUUUGCAGAGCUGGGUAGCAGAGAAGGUCCUGAAGAUCCAGUUUCUUGAGCAUCCUCAUGAGGAGCAGGUCAGCGUGCGGGGAGAAGUCUGCUUCCCAAACCUCCACAUCCAGAGCAAGGCCCUGGACUUUGGCUGCAUCCUGAACGACACCAAAGCUGUGCAUCACAUCCAGAUGACCAACUGCAGCUCUGUCCCUGCCCAGUACCACUGGUGCUUCCUGAUGGAUGACAGCACGGAGCAGAUGAGGUUCAGCCCUCCAGCACCUAAAUCUUUCAUCGAAGCCCAGAUGCCAAAGGAGGGGGAAACCCAGUUGGAGCACUCAACAUCUGCAGAGAGCAGCUCCAGGGAUGGAGGUGUGGGGGAGCUAGCCAAAGCCAUGGGAGCAGCAGGGAAUCCUGCCCAAGAGCCAGCAGAUGCUGACUGUCUGGAAGCAAAGCUGCUGCCAUCCACUGCUGCAGAGCUGGAAGGUGCUGCAGAGCCUCAGAGCCUUGAGGAGACCAGCAAGUUGAUGCAGUUUGCAGAGCCAGAGCCCCUUGCCCUGGGAGUGGAGGAGGUGUUUGACGUGCUGCCGCUGCACGGGACGCUGCAGCCGGGCGAGAGCCAGCGUGUCACCUUCACCUUCUUUGGCCACACCAACGUGGUGGCCCAGGUCACAGCGUGCUGCAGGGUGGAGGGAGGCCCGACCUACGAGCUCACCCUGCGUGGGGAGGCUUCACUUAUCAGCCACCAGCUCAGCACCACUGAGAUUGACUGCGGGCUGCAGCCGUUCACCAAAGUCACUGAGGCAGAGGUCACCCUGCAGAACAGGGGGAAGAUGGGAUUCUCCUGUGUGGUGCUGAGCCCAAGCACAGCUACUGCAGACAGACCCCUGCCUGGUGUGCCCCUGGUCGUGCCCAGCAUGAGUUACAUUGGACCUGGCAAGGAGCAAGUGCUGAAGGUCUAUUACCUGCCAGGAGUUCCUGGAGUCUUCUGCAGGACUUUGCAGAUCCAAGUGGGUCACCUGAAGCCAGAAGAGAUCUACCUGAAAGGAGAGGCAAGCUUUCCCAGGAUCUGCUUGGACCUGCCCAGGAACAUCAAAGGAAAUGCAAAAUAUGAGAAGGUGCUCAAGGAGGUGAAAGAGAAGAUGAAAGGUGACAGCCAGACAGAUGAAGCUGCUGCUCUGAGGGAAGCUGCAGCUGCGGAGCUGCCCACAGAUGACUCAGGCACCAUGUUGGACAAUGUGCUGCAGAUGCAGGUGGAAGACAUGCUGAUAGAGGAACAUGCCCUGGAGCAGCAGAGAGCUCUCACCCCCGCUGCCCCGGAGCACACUGCCUUUGACCAGGAUGCUCGUCGGAGGCUUCUCAAAGCUGAGCUGCCUGAGUACGUGCUGGACUUUGGCCAUGUCAUUCUCAGUGACACCCACAGGCGCCUGGUGAAGGUCACCAACACAGGGCACUUCCCUGUGUCCUUCCACGCUGAGGGCCAGGCCCUGUGUGGCACAGGUUUCAGUGUGGAGCCAGGCCGCGUGAAGCACCUGCCCUGUGCUCAGAGCGAGACGUUGGCUGUGAGCUUCAGCCCCCAGAGCUGCCAUGUGCCGCUGGGAGAGGCGGACGUGCUGCUGCCCAUCCAGGUAUCAGGAGGCCCCACGGUCCCCGUCCGCCUCUGUGCCAGCGUGGCUGAGCCGUCCCUCAGCCUCUCCCGGGACAGGCUGCAGUUCUGCCCUGUGCUCUGCGGGCAGUGCCAGGAGGAGACCGUCCGGCUCUACAAUCGGCUCCAGGUGCCCUGUGAGUGGUUCAUCACCGUGAACGAGCCUGUUAAGAAGGAGGACACACGUGUGCUGGGCAGCCGGCGUCCAAAGCCUCUCCCGGCACUGAAGGCCAAGCCCCGCGUCUUUGAGGUGCUGCCUUCAGCUGGAAGCCUCACUCCAGGACAGUGGUGCAACGUGCAAGUCAGGUUUUCACCCAGGGCAGAGAAGUCCUACAGAAGCAAGCUGAGGGUCAGCAUUCACCAGAGCAGCCAGCAGCUCCAGCUGCAGGUCUCAGGAUGUGGUCUGGAGCCACGUCUGGAGUUCAGCCCCACCACGCUCGAGCUGGGACCGUUGCUGCCGGGCAGCCGUGGGGCAGAGGGGACAGUGGUGGUGAAGAACCCCUGUGACUUCCCCGUUGAGUUUUACUCUCUGGAGUUCGACCAGCAGUACCUCGCUGAGGAGGAGAUGCUGCGGAUGCUGAAGGACUAUGAUGGCCACGGCACUUUGUUGCUGCCUCCACGUGUCCCGGGGCAGAAGCUGCCCCCAGAGGUGCUGGAGUUCUGCCAGGAACAGAAGAGGCACCAGGACAAGCAGGCAAAGCCAAAGACUGGGGAAUCAGCAGGGCAGAACAAUGCAGACCUGGGAGAUGUCCUGUCUCUGGCAGAAGAAAGCUGGUUCAACAAGGUGGGCUUUACAUCUCAGUGUGGAAAAGAGAAGGAGGAAGUUCUCACCUCUGCAGAAGCAGCCGCAGCCCGGAACCGCAGAGGGGUCGUCGUCAUCGUCCAUGGAGCACCCCUGGCAGGCAAGAGCUCGGUGGCAGCUGCCCUGUGCAGGCACUAUGGAGCUGCGUGCUUGUCCAUCGACGCCGUGGUGACAGCAGCCGUGUCGGAGGGGAGCAGCGCCGCGGGGCUGCGUGCCCGGGAGCUGUGUGGCAGGGCUGCCAUCCAGCACUGCCAGGGGCAGGCCCAGGGUGAUGAUGCUUCCUGCAGCCAACAGCCCCACGCUGAGGCCAAGCCGAGCCCAGACAGGAGCCGCAGCAGCUCUGAGGACAAAGCCAGCGAGCCAUCCCUCGGUUCCAGCAGCCAGGCAAGCUCCACAGCGGGCAGGAAGAAGGGCUCGGCCACACCUUGUCCUGUCUCUCCUCUGCCCUGUGCUCCUGCACAGCGAUACCUGAGCAUCAGGGGCAGCAUGGCAGGAGAGCUGAGCUGCAUGAGCUGUGUGCUGCCUGAGGACUUGCUGGUGACCAUCCUGUCUGAAAGGCUGCAGUUGAGUGACUGCUACCAGGGAGUGGUGAUUGAUGGCCUGGAGACCCUCUAUGCGUGUAACACAGCAUCUGCUCUCCUCUGCCUGCUCAAAGCUAUUGGAAAUCGGCCUUACAUCUAUUUGGUGAACCUGUGCCAGGAUUAUGCUGCUUUGAAAGCCAGAGAGAUGGCUGCAAAAGAGCAGGAAGGACGGGAGCGGGAGGAAGCUGCCAGGAGGGAGAAAGCACGUCUCUGGGAGAUGGAUGAGGAUGAGUACAGUGCCCUCCCUGAGGAGCAGAAAAUCCAGUUCAAUAACUGCUUACGACAAGCAAAACGUGAGAGGAAGAAGAGGGAGAUGGAGAGGCUGGCUCGAGAGCUCGAGGAAAAGCAACAGCGGGAGCUGGAACGCUUGAAGGAGGAAGAAGAGUGGAAGAAGACUAAGCGAGGCAGGAGAGAGCUUGGAAAAGAUAAUGCUUCAGAGAAGAGAAGCCAGACAGUGGUCAGGCAGAGCACGAACGUGACCACCAGCAACACCAACACGACCACCAGCAAGAGUUCAGGUGGCACCGAGGGGGUAGACAAGAAGGGAUCUGUAAAGGAGCACCAGGACUCUACUGGAAGUGACAAGGAAAGCCAGAAACAGCAGAGCAAGGCUCCCCUGAUGGAUGCCAUCUCAUUGGCAGUUGCACAGCCCUCGGAGCCAGAGCAGGAGGCAGCCAAAACCGAGGCCCAAAGUGACAGUGAGGAGAACUUGGCCUUGAGGUUUAAGAUGUACGAGGCGUUGCAGGAGGAUGUCACUCGUAUUCUGUCAUGCUGGGACAGAGUUCAGGGUAUCCUGCUGUCCCCUCUGAAGCCAGAAGAGGCACAGCACCCGUCAGGAGAGCAGCACCGGCAUUUAUCCAGCCGCAGGAGCCAGAAGAGCAGAGAGAAGGAGCGUCAGGAGUGGCUGGAGAAGGAGCAACUGGGACAACUGAAGGCUGCUGAGGGCUCCAAGUUACCUCAGCUGGAAGGGGAAGGUGCAGAAGGGUCAGCCAGCAGACAGGACGUUGGGGUGCCCUGCUUGAACAUCCAGGUGCUGAGCUCCAAAGAUGUGACUGCGGAGAUCCUGGAGAGUGGCAAGCUGCCAGCAGCAGAGCAGAUCCUGGAUGAGCUGGGACUGGGUCCCUCAGGGCCUCCCAUUCCCCCCACCACCUUUUACUCUGUCAUCCACUACCCGGAGAAGCGGACGGCCCCUGUGGCAGGAGAAGCCCUCAAGCACUUCGUCCUUGUUGUGCCAGAAGCUGCCCUUGAGGAGGAAAAGAAGGCCACUGAAAGUCUCAUGAGUGCCCCCAGUGUGCCUGCAGUGAAGAAAUCAGAGGAGCUGGUCACGCCAACCAGGGGCCGGCUGAGGAGGGAGAAAGCCACAGGCGUCCCGGGGGCUGCGAGGCAGAAGCGGAGCGCUGGCUGCAGCAGGAGGGGUGUGCAGGGGCCAGAGGUGGGAGCACCCACACCUCCCCUGCAGACACAGCAACAGGGCCUGGACACAGCCCCAUCCCCGGGGAGGCCUCCCAGGCUGAGCAGUGGCCGGUGGAUCGUGCCUGCCCACGGUGAGGUGGAGCUCGGGGUCCACUUCAGCUCCACGGCACCGGGACAGUUCGAACAGACGCUGCAUUUUGAGAUCCAGGGGACAAAGGGCUUGUACCAGCUGCAGUGCAGGGGCACCUGCCUGUACCCCACCAUCAGCCAGGACCCACGGGUGGUGUUUCCUCGCUGCAGGAGGAGCAAGGCAGAUGGUGACAUCAUCUCCAAGCAGUUUGUCAUGAACACGGGCACCUUCCACUUUGGGCCGCUGCUGUGUGGCAAGUCAAGGGACUGGUACAAGGCACUGGACAGUCCUGGCAACUGCGAGAAGCUGACCAUCCUCAACGCCACAGCCCUGCAGGCGGAGCUGAGCUUCUCCUUUGAGCGGGAUCUCAAAGCAGACACGUUCCUUUUAGACCCUCCCAGCAUGAGCCUGAAACCCAACGAGAAGCAGGAGCUGUGUGUUUGGGCCUACCCCACUGCAGCUGGGCUGGUGGAAGACAGGCUCAUCUGCUGCAUUAGGGACAACCCGGAGGCGGUGACCUUCGGCCUGUGCUGCCAGGGGGUGCAGGUGCAGCUGGGGGUCAGCCCCAAGCAGCUGCAUUUCGACAGGCUGCUGCUGCACAGGACAGACAGCAAGACCCUGGUCCUGCAGAACCACACCCUGCUGCCCGUGGCCUGGAGGCUCAGUGGGCUGGAAAACCUCGGUGAGGACUUCUCUGUCUCACAAGAUCGGGGCAUCCUUGGUCCCUGCGCAGAGCUCGGCGUGCGGCUGCGCUUCAAGGCCACCAAGGCUCUCAGCAUUAAGAAGAUGAUUCGACUAGAGGUGUCAGAUGCAGAAAACGUCCUGGGGAUUGUUCAAAUUGAAAACAUCCAGGUUGUGGCAGAGGCCUAUGAUGUUGCUCUGACCAUCAGCAUUUCUAAAGGUGCAGAUGGCAGAGUGGAUUUUGGAACCCUGAAGGUGCUGGAUGAUGCAAAGCAAGCACUGACUCUGAGGAACAAAGGGAAGUACACGAUUGCAUACAGUUUCAAGCUGGAAGCUGCAGGUACUAAGAUACCCAACCUGGCCUCCCACUUCACCGUGCAGCCACAGAAAGGCCUGCUGAGUGACCCCCAGCACCCUGUGCAGGUCCAGCUGCUCUUCCACCCCAAGGUGGAGAUGAGCAUUGAGGAUGAACCCAUCCUGUGCUGCCAGGUGAUCGAGCCCAGCACCCGUGAGGGAGGUGAGACCAUCGCUGUGGUCCCUCUGAGGGUGUCAGCAAGGGCCGUGUUCAGCCACUACAGCAUCUCCCCGGCCUCGCUCAUCGACUUCGGCGCGGUUGUGAGGGGCACCAGGAAAACCCACACCCUUAUGCUGGAGAACAAAGGCCUCCUCGACUUCAACUUCCAGAUCUGCAGAGCAGAGGAGAGUGCACCUGCAUUGCUGAGGGAGAGUGCACGUCCUGUGAAAUCUGCCCUCUCCUACGAGAGUGAAAGCUUGAGCAAAACAAGUCCCUCGCCGAAGCGAAGCAAACAGCCACUGCAGACAGACACAAAGCCCUCGGUGCAGGCUCAUCUCACUCUUGGCAUGUUUGUGGUGUCCCCGGGCUUUGGCUCCAUCCCUCCUGGGGCUCAGCAGAGGAUCACAGUGGAUUGCUAUGCAGAGUCACUGGGGACAUGCAAGGAGUGCCUGUGCAUCGAUAUCAGUGACAGGGACCCCAAGGACCAUCCUCUUGGCAUCCCCUAUGCCCUGCUUGCUGAGUCCUGCCUCCCAGCGUUUGUGGUGGAUGACAUAGAGUCCAUCUUUGAGGAGCAUCGAAUCUGCAGCAGCAUCAACCUCUGCCAGAUCCUACAGACAGUGCAAGACCAGGGUGUGUUCAUCACAGAUGAGAACAAGUUUAUCUUCACCAAUGUUCUGGUUGGGCACCAGGCCACAGCUCGCUUCAAGAUCCACAAUGUGGGCAAAGUUCCCUGUGACGUGGUGCUCUCCAUCACCCCCAUCCCUGGCAAGCUCAACAGCUGCAGUAGCAACAUUUUCAUGGUGGAUCCCGUUCAGAUGCGUGUGCCCGGCCGCUCCCACGCCUUCGCUACCGUGACCUUCACUCCACAAGCGAUGCAGAACUACCAGUGCACUUUUGAGGCUUCCCUCGAUGCCCAGGCAAGCCCUGCAGCAACGAAAGCACAAAGCCUGACCUUCGAGAUCAGCGGAGAUGGGAAUCUGCCCCAGGUGACGGUCCUGUGCCCAGCCCUUCACAGUAAGAGGGGGAACCCUGUGCUGCUCUUCAAGAAGCUGUUGCUGGGUGAUUCAGAAAAACUCCCUCUGGUCCUUCAGAAUGGUGGCAUGGUACCUGUCCAGUUGAUGAUAGACCUGUUGGAUGAAAGCAGAGCUUUCUUCUUGAAGGCCAGGCCCACCACACACUGCAUCUACCAACCUCUGGGCAUGAAGGAAGGUUCUCCUGGAGAAGAGAGGGAGCCUCACAGCGCUUCCCUGGUCUUGCAUCGCGGGGAAUUAGCAGAGUUUGAUGUGCUUUUCAAACCCACCCUGGCCCAACGUGUGGAAGGGAAGAUCCACCUGACACUGGUGGACAACCCCUAUGAAGAGACCAACAUUCAGCUGGUGGGUGAAGGCUAUGAGGACGACUUCACCCUGGAUAACAUCCAUGGACUAGUGGCAGACAGCAAUGAAGGGAACACCGAGGGUGAUCUGGAGGAAGACAUAAUCGAGGCUACCAGAAUGGAUCAUAUCCAGUUUGGGAACUGUCACGUUGGGACACCCUACGCUGUGAGCGUGACGAUGACGAACCGCAGCAGGGUGGCAGUGAGGUUCGAGUGGCAGGCAGGCACCCCCCUGCUCUGCUCCCCUCAGGUGGGACACCUCCAUGCUGGCUGUGCUAAGGAUGUCACAUUGACCUUGAAAUCUGACGUCGCCGUCACCUUCAGAAGGCAGCCUGUGAAGUGCAGGGUGGCAGGGAUUGCCUUCCAGCUGCCACCACACCAGGUCACCGACUGGGACGACCGCCUGCGCUCUGUCAAGUGGGUGGAUGCCACAGGUGACCCAACAGCCACGUGGCCUGUCAAGAAGAAGGUGACUGAGGCAGUCCCAGAACCAGCUCACACUGUCCUGGAGAAGAGCAGGCGCGAGGUGGAGCUUCGCCUCAGCGCUGUUGUUGACUAUGCCGAGUUCAGGCUGGACACAGACGUGGUUCUGUUUGAGGACACCUUGCUCUUCCAGACAAAGACAUUCAGUUUCCAGCUGUCCAAUACAGGGAAUGUGGCCCUGGAAUACACCUGGAUGGUGGCUCUGGAGGAUGAAAGGACAGUGAGCUGUACUGGGGAGCUGCUCCAGCCGCUCCUGCCCGCUCUGGGUGGGGAUUUCCACUCCUCUGCUUCUGGUGCCUCUGUGAAGCUCCAGCCUAGCCGUUGCUCGAGCCAGCUGGGCCAUGCUCUGGAGCACGUCUCUUCCUCCCUGGGCUCAUCUCUCAACAGUCAGCCAUUCUCUGUUGAGCCCUGCAGUGGCACCAUCUCUCCUGGCCAGGAGCAGCUCUUCCAGAUGAAGUUCUCCCCGUCGUAUGUGGGGGACUUUGAGAGCCAGAUGCUCUGCAGUAUUCCUAACCUGAAGCCAAAUCAGAAGGGCCCAGAGGUGACUGUGAAGGGGAGGAGCCUGAUGCCACACUGCCACUUUGAACUGGAAGACUCUGACUACAUCACUGCAAAAAGGCAGGGACAGAAGGGGGUAACACUGGAUCCCAACACAAGGGUGAUUGAGUUUGCAGCAACUGGAGUGCCCAGCAGGAGCAGCAGGACCUUCAUGGUUGUAAACCCAACCAGUUCUGCCUAUUCCUUCCAGUGGACUUGCCAAGACCCUGAAGCUCCACCAGAGCAGGUGGCUUUCCUCUGCCUCACAGAGAGAGGUCAGAUCCAGCCAGGGGAGAGAGCAGAGAUGAAGUUUGAGUUCAUCCCCUGGCACCUGGAUGUCACAGAAUCAUUCUGGGUCUUUACAAUCCGUGAGCAGAGCAUUUCAGUCCCGUUCCUGUUGUUGGGCAAUGCCACUGACCCCCUGGUGACUCUGGACAGAUGCCACCUGAACUUCCACUUGCUGUUGAUUGGGCAUGAGGUGCAUCAGACUAUCUAUAUGAUCAACAGUGAGAAGGAAGCUUUCCACUUUGCUUUCAGGGAAGACUCUCUCUUCUCAGAGGGAUGCAAUGCUUCUCUGAGAAUAGAGCCCCUGGAAGGCUCCAUCGCUCCUCUUUCAAGGUUACCCGUUACAGUCUUCCUCACACCGACACUGGAAGGAGAGGCGGUCUUCAACCUCAAGUGUGAUGUCAAGAGGAAGAGCCAGCCCCUCUCCUUGAACGUCAAGGCCACUGGCUACAGGGUGGCUGUGUGUGUCAGGUGUGAGGAUGGUGAUGGCUGUGUCACUGAGCUCAGCGCAGAGCAGAACAAUGUCAUUGACUUCAAGGAGGUACAGCUCAACGAGAGCACCAAGCGCAUCUUCAGCAUCUGCAACCAGGGCGAGUUCAGCUUCACCUUCUCCUGGGACAUGAGUGGCCCAGCAGCCUGCAAGCAGGCCCUCACCAUCAGCCCUCAGACGGGCACUGUGCAGGCGGAGGGGAAGGCAGAGGCACAGCUGGCUUUCCACCCACGGAAGAUGUGCUCCUUAAAGAAUGUAGAGCUGUCACUGCAGAUCAGCAAGGGUCCCACCUUUACCUGUACAUUCCUGGCCACCGUGGUUGUGCCUGCUGUCUGCUUCUCCACCACCACACUCGACUUUGGAGCCUGCUUCAUCUACCAGGCUGGGAUGACACCUGCCCAGAGGAGCCUUCUCAUAACAAACAAGGCAGACAGGGAUGUGAGCUUGAACUGCUUGUUCGCCAGCACCAGACACCUGGAGGUCAGCUUCCCAGGGUGUGUUCUGCGCCCAGGAGGGACAGUGGAGGUGCCUGUCACUUUCUAUCCCAGAGAAGUUGCUUCCUACCACGAGCUCAUCCCUUUUGAAAUCAAUGGUCUUUGCCAGCAGACUGCUGAGGUCCGAGGGAGGGGCGUGGAGAUGAAGGUUGACGUUGUGGAACCACAAGGGAAGGUGGUGAAGCUGGGAGCCCUCUCCAUCGGACAGACAGUGCAGAAGAUUGUCACCAUAGCAAACAACAGCUCUAUCCCUCUUACUUUUAAGCUCAGUCUCAAGUCCACCACACCAGAGCUGCAAGAAGCUGGGGUUCUCUGCUUGAACCCAACCAAUGAAGUAAGUCUGAAGCCCAAAGGAGACACCUGUAAGGUGGAGCUGACGUUCUCUCCAAAGCGCCGCCUGCAGCCGUUCAGUGCAGAGGUGGGGUUGGAGUGCAGUGGCCUCCUGCGGCGCCUCUUCGUGGUGCGAGGCUCCUGCCAGGGCCUCUGUGUGAGCUUGGACCAGGAGCACCUGAGCUUUGGAGCAGUGGUGCAGCAGAGCUGUGCAUCCCAGCGCAUCGUCAUGCAGAACACUGGCGACAUAGGAGUCAAGUUCGAGUGGGACAUAAAGAGCUUCCAGCCAGAUUUCUCCAUCAGCCCCACAAAAGGUUACAUCUCUCCAGGAAUGAAUGUGCCCUUUGUUGUGACUUUCCACCCCUCCAAGCUGAGCCACGCUGUCGAGUACAAGGGUCUGCAGUGCUUGGUGCAGGGCAGGGAGCCGCUCCAGCUCACCCUGGCAGGAUACUGCUCAGAGAGCCCCGUGGCCAAAGAGACGCUGACUUUCGCGUGCAGCGUGCGUGAGCAGCACAGCCAGACCAUCCUCCUGUCCAACCCCAGCAACGAGGCCUGCACCGUGCAACCCACCCUUGAGGGGGAGCACUGGAAGGGGGCUGCAUUUGUCCAUCUAGAGGCAAAUCAACAAAAAAAGCCCUAUGAGGUCACUUACAGACCCCUGACCAUGAGCUCUGAGACUAAGAAGCAUCAGGGUUCUAUCUUCUUCCCACUCCCAGAUGGCACAGGCUUGUACUACCUCCUGCAGGGAACUGCAGAGGCCCCCAAGUGUUCAGGGACCAUUUCCCGUCAGGUACCCUGUAGGACCCCCCACACCGAGCUCAUCCCUGUCUCCAACUGGCUGAACAGGCCACAGAGGUUCCUGGUGGUGCUGGACAUACUCAAACCAGAAAAUCUGGAAAGCAGUUCUGUGCUGCAGGGGCUGCAAUACAUUGAUGUGCCAGGCUCUGCCAAGAAAGACUACAAGCUCACGUUCCUCUCCUACAAAGAAGGAGUCUUUAACACAAUGGUGACCUUCCUCAAUGAGGUGACUGAGGAGUACUUGUUCUACAGAGUGGAUUUUAAGGCCACUGCUUCGGGACCCAUGGGCACAGUUGAAAUCACCGCUGCUGUUCGGCAGAGGGUGUCAGCCACUGUCAGGGUGCACAACCCUCUGCCUGGCCCGGUGACGUUUGCCAUCGACUGCAAAGAGCCUGACGUCAGCGUUCCCUCAUGCAUCACCGUUCCUGCACAGUCAGAGGCUGGCCUUGUUUGCGAGUACCAGCCCCUGACAACAGGCGAGAGCACCGGGCGCCUGGUGCUCCAGAGCAGCGACUUGGGCUCUUUCUACUACGACCUGCAGCUGAAAGCCACCGUGGGCAGGCCCGAGAAGCCCCUCCACUUCUGCACCACUCUGGGCUCCAGUCAGACCAUCACCACCACAAUCGUGAAUUACGCCCGGCACAGGACAGACUACCUGCUGCAGACCGACUGCGCCGACUUCCAGACAGAGACAGCCAUCAGCGUGGCCCCAGCCAGCGCGGGGGGCUCUCGGGUGAGCGUGGCCGUGACCUACGAGCCCUGCCAGCUGGGCCAGGCCAGCGCCACGCUGCAGCUCUCCUCUCAGCAAGCCGGGGACUACAGCAUCCCACUCCUGGGCCUCGCCCUCCCACCCAAGCCCCAGGGGCCCUUCCUUGUCAGCGCUGGUGCCACCAUCUCCAUCCCCUUCAAAAACAUCUUCCUCCAGCCCACGGCCUUCUGCUACGCCGUGGGGCACCCGGCGUUUGCCGUCAGCGGCCCCGCCAGCCUGCGCCCCAAGCAGACCGCCCUCCUGGCCGUCUCCUUCCAGGGGGGAGAGGCCCCCGUGGCCAGCACCAUGGUGGUCUCCUGCCCCGGGGCCCCAGGGCUCUCCUGGUGCUUCUACCUGCGUGGCCUCCCCGCUCCCCGCUGA